AUGGUGACCGAGAUCCAAACUCGCUAUGUCUUGACCCUGGGCCAGUCACAGACUGUCCAGGUGGUUCUGGGAGGGAAUCAGGACGUGUCGUGUGGCACCGUCCGAUGGGAUGCCCUUGAGACCCUGGAGCUCUUGUCCAAUUCCUCAGGCAACGUGGACUGGGAAGUGCGGAACUUCUACCUCAAGCUGCAGAGGUCCGCUUGCACAGAUGACAGGGUGCAUGGCACAGGAGAGAACGUGUCCAUGGUUGCUUUUGGUGAAGCCUUCAACAUGGAUGUAGAUUCCAUCAGCACAAGCUCUUCAACUACAAGUUCGAGCUCGACGUCAGGCACGGCAACCACCACCACAAGCACGAGCUCAAGCACCGCCACGCAUAGCACUUCCACAACUACAAGAUCCAGUAGCAGCAGCUCGAGCACAAGCACAAGCAGCAGUAGCAGCAGCAGUAGCGCCAGCAGCAGCAGCUCAAGUAGCUCCAGCAGCAGCAGUGCCAGUAGCGCUAGCAGCAGCAGUACCAGUAGCGCCAGCAGCAGCACCACCACCACCAGCAGCAGCACCACCAGCAGCAGCACCAGCAGCAGUUCGAGUGUAAGCACGACUAGUUGCACAGGCACGCGCACAAGCAGCAGCACACAAAGUAGCACAAGCUCCAGGACGCACACCAGCACAAGCUCGACUGCAAGCUCCACGACAAGCUCAAGUUCGCGUACCACCCACAGCACGACCAGCUCAACGUCUAGUACCACAAGUUCAAGCACCCCAAGCACAACCUCGACAAGAAGCCUCACUUCAACAAGCUCAGGUACAUCCACAAGCUCAAGAUCACACACCGCAACCACCUCAAGCACGAGCAGUAGGAGCACGACAAGCAGCACGCUUUCCACGACUUGGUCCACAAGCACGCUGACGGCCGCCAGCAUUGGAGCCGCUAUCACCAACGAGUUGCAGCGCAGCACGAACUCGCUUCUAAGUCAGCUGACGAGCUUGGCAAAUUCGACAGCAACAGCUGCAGAGACGACACACCUCGGCACGAUGGUUGCUGUUCAGUUAUCUGGCUCCCCUGCCAACCAGAGCUUUCUGGCGGCUGUGGUUGAUGAUAGCCCGGCAGCUGCCGUGCUACCUUCGGAGGUUCUGGAUAUCGGGUUGGACGUGGCGCUGGUCCUGACGACCUUCGACGGGCCCGGCGCCGAGAGCCUUGGCUCCGGCCAGAAGAUGCGGUCGGCGACCGACCGGCCCAUAGAGGCCGCCCUGCCAGCCGUGGACAUCUCCAUCGUGGACACACAGUCCUUGGGUGCCGUGGAGGUGCAGGUCAGCACCCCGAUCUAUGUGCGAAUCGCAGCGGUCGCACCAAAUCCCGAGUGGAUCUGCGCCUACCUGGAUGGCGACGCCUGGUCAACAGAGGGUGUUCGCCUGGCGACACGAGCAGAACUGGAGGUGGCUUUUGGCACCUCCAUGGACAUUUCCGGGGUGUGGUGUGCAACGCUGCACCUGUCCAUCUUCGGUGCCUUCAUCGACAUCCUGCUGGACUGCACGAACGCCAACAUGCUGUCCCAGGAAGGCCUGAAGGAAAUCCUCGAGCGCAACGGCUGGUGGAUCCGGCCCCCAGCCCUGGGCCUUUGGCUGCUGCUGGCCGUUUCGCUGCUGCUCAUUACCCUGGGUGCGCUUGGCGAUGCCCGGGUGUACCGGUCGGGGCUCUGGCGCGACGAGUACUUCCUGACGGACCUGCCCCCCGUGUCGCGGAAAUCUUGGCUGUCGGCAUGCAAAGGUUGUAUGCCCAGCAUGCCCUGGCUACGGCGCCGGCCUUCGCAGAGCAGUCUUCAUUCGAUCUUCUCACAGCUGUCCUGGCUUCGAGACGGUCUACCGGAUUCUCAGAAGCUGCAAAUGAGGCAGGAAAUGCUUCAGCGACUGAGGCCAAGUCUGGCUUCGAGCAUGCAGGAACGCGUGAUAUGUCGCAACACCUUGUCGGAGGUCGCCCGCCAACACAACAUACACGCCAGCUCCAUCCAAACCCAUAUUUGGGGUCGGAGUGGCUGGGUUCAAGGUAGCCUUGCCCUGCAACGUUCACCACAACUGAAAAUGCUUGCCAGGGACUUGGCAGAGACGUUGCCAAGGACGUUUGUGAAUGUCCACACGUCUCGCGCGAGUCGGCUCUGGGCGGUCAUGCUGGCCUCGCACCCAGUCUACGAGCUCUGGAUGUGCGAUCUGCACAUGACGGCAGCCAAGAGGGCCAAGAUAAUGAUGGACUGCAUGGUGGGAUCCCUCGCCUUUGUUGCUCUGUUCUUCUCCGUUGAUGGCACAGCCGUGGCGGCCAGAAGCCCCGCUGAGUGCCCCAUCGAGCAGGGCACGUUCUUAUGGUACACCUUCGUUGCCAUGCUCUCCGUGCUCCUGAACUUCGUACCUCGCAGCUUUGAAGUCUACCUGGCACAGCGCGGCUUCGUGCAAGAGAGCCAUGUCAGCCGACGCUGGCAGCUGCGGAGAAGGCGCUGCAAAGAUGUCGGCUUCUGGGCUUUCAGCCUCUGCCUUUCUGUCCUGCACCUUCUGGUGGUGUGCGCCUUUCUGGCCAACCUGGCUGAGGUUGAUGAGUCAAAGUGGCUCUUCGCCUUCGCCGUGGUGCUGCUGAGAAAGCUGGUCGUGGUGCCGCUGCUGGCCUGCUUCUUCUCAGGCCUUGGUAUGGAGCUCACGUCCUGUGGCCGCCAAGAGAUCUCAGCGCCCAAGAAGCUGGGGUUAGAUCUGCAGCUCGAUGGUGAAAGCGGUGCGAACAUCACGCCUGCAGCAGAUGGACAGGUGUGGCUUGACAAAGUGCAGGAGCUGGCACAUCGCGGCAUAACAGCUCGACAGCUGCUCGGCUUCUAUGCGGAUCUUGGGGGAGAGGUGAUGAAGCACUUCGACCCCGAUCGUUCUACCACACACGACGUCGUGAGGCAGGCCAUCAUUCCAGAAUCGCUUCAGAUUAAAGAUGUGGGCAGCUUCAUGGUUCGGGUGCACCGGGCUACAGGUCUGGCCGCCCUUGACCUGCUAUCUGCUUCAGACCCAUAUUGUGUGGUGUCGGUGCAGGGUCGAGGUUUCUGA